UUUCCUCAUAUGGAGUCAAUGAAGAUCUCACAUAUGGAUAACACAAAGAAGAUCUAGCUUGAUGAUCUUCCUUCAAAAGCCUUUAGCAAACUCAAGACAUUGGUAGUGGAGUAUUGUGAGAAACUUUCAUCCAUAUUUUCAUCUUAUACUAUACUCACAAGAUUUCAAAACCUAGAGGAGAUAACUAUAACCGAUUGUAGAUCCUUAGAAGUGGUAUUUCACAUCCAAGACUUCAAUUUUAGUGAAGCUUGUUCUACAAUCACUUUUCAAUUGAAAAAAUUAGUUUUGACGCAACUCCCGAAAAUGAAAGCACGUGUGGAGUGGACUUCCUCAAGUAGGUCUUACCCUUGAAUGCUUAGAAUGCAUAAUGGUUGACAAGUGUGAGAGUCUCAAAAUUUUAUUUCCAAGCUCAGUGGCAAAACACAUGACACAAUUGAAAGAACUAGUAGUGCAGGAUUGUGGGGUGGAGCAAAUUAUUGUGGAGGAAGAUGGAGUAAGGAUGAAUGUAGGAGAUCUCUUCUUUCCACGAUUAACAGACUUGAGAUUAUUUGAAUUGCCGAAACUAAGGAACUUCUAUAGAAAUAGUCAUACUUCAACAUGGCCAUUCUUGAAGCAAUUGCGAGUGAGACAUUACAGCAAGAUGAGGUCAUUCUCAUUUGCCUGUGAAUUCCAUAGCAGCCAUGGUACAACUAUUGAAGAGAACCAACCUAUACUCUUUUCUAUUGAAAAGGUCAUUCCGCAGUUGGAGACAUUGAGAUUAGCGAGGGAGGAUGUUGUGAUGCUGCAGCAUUACAUCUUUGCCAAUCUCCAAGGGCUGGGUUUGCAAUGCUACCAUGAUGAAGAUGUCGCUUUUCCCUCCAACUUCCUUCUCCAGAGAUUCCCCAAUCUAGAACUUCUUACUUUGUCUUGUAGUUCCUUCAAGGAGAUAUUUCCAGAAGAUGCGUCUGGAUAUGGGAGAGCACUUGGAAAUCUGAAGAGACUUUGGCUAGAGAAGUUGUGUAACCUGAGGCGAGUCUGGAAAGAUGGCUCCUUGAUGGUUGAAAUUCUCAAACAGAUUGAAGCUAUGUGGGUUGAGGAGUGCCCGAGUUUAUCGAUCGUACUUCCAUCCCCGACUUCAUUCCAGAGAUUGAUGGAUUUAGGCGUAAAGGAUUGUGCUGGUUUAGUUCAUAUGGGGACUUGCUCAGCAGUGACAAGUCUAGUGCAUCUUCAUUGGCUAUCACUAAGAAAUUGCGGUGCAAUGGAAGACGUGGUGACAGAUGAUGGAAAUGGAGUAGAGGAUAUCUCUUUCCCUGAGCUGGAAGAGCUGAUACUUGACGGUUUACCAAGGCUUGAGAGCUUCUCGCCCAUGAAUCGUGCCUUCAGAUUCCCGUCAUUGGUGCGUAUUGUCAUCACAAAGUGCCCCAAGAUGAAUAUAUUCUGCAAGGGUGCCUUGAGGACACCAAACCUAAAUAAAGUACUCCUCUUCGAAGAGGAUGAUGAAGGACGUUGGGAGGGCGACCUUAAUACUACCAUCCAAACCUUAUCAACUUGAAACAAUCUACAAUGAAUUCAGUAAGGUGUCAUGCUCCCUACGAUCUAAGUGGCUGCUUUCAUUUGCUGGAAAGUGUCUCCUAUAGGAAGAUGUUGAUGGAGCUUUUUGUGACGUGUUCACUUAUAGUGUGUUGAUCAUGGUGUUGAUGCCUCUUAAGAUGGCAUCUUUGUGCUGACAUGCGGUAUUCACAAUGAGUAGGUGCUUCAUUGAAUAUUUCAUUCUUUUUCUAGUUUGGAAUGUCCUCUCUAUGUCAUUUCCUUGAUAAUGGUACUGGUGUAGCAUAAUGGUUGGAAUGUGGGGGUGCUCUAUCCUUUAUCAAAUUGUAUAGAGAUUUUGUAUGAGUGUUGGCUAUUGGGCAGCAUUGUUGAGCACCAAGUUGUUUUUUAGAGUUGGACUAUUUGGAUGAUGACAACAACAGCCAUACACUCACCAAAAGGGGAAGAAGUCCAAGAAUCCAAAUAAGCAAGCAGCGGACCAUAGCCUACAUGGAGCCAUUCAAGCUAAAUGUUUUCAUCUCCAAGCGCCUCGUCUCGGCUUCACUCACUCACAAGGUCACGUGUAGGCAGGUCGCUGUUGUGAGCACCAAUUCUGAGGACAUCAGGCUGUGCUCAAGUCUCAAUUGGACAUACCGGCAUGUUUGGCCAUAGGCUGGGUUUUGGCAGACCGGACGAGGGAAGCUGAUAUGUGCAAGCUUGCUAUACUCCAAGAUAGAGGGACAAGUUUGAAGGAAAAACCAAGGUAGUAGUUCAAUCUCUGAUCGACAGUGGCAUUGAUAUUACAAUUUAUCUUAACUGAUAUUCCCUCCUCCAGCACAAUCUUGUUAAUGUGCACUACUCCUUAUAUCAAGAUACUGACAUCUUUGACAUUGUUUUGAGAAUAUGCAAGAUGUGAAAGAUGUAGAUGAUAGUGACUGUUUGUUUGGCAGUAGGGGAUUCAGAUUUUGUUUUGGCUUUGUCAAAAAAUUUACCUUGAUUCUUGGAUGAGCA